UAUGAUUUCAAGUUCAAGUUCAAAUGCAUUCAAAUGCACUGACAUUCUCUGUUGCACUUUGCUACCAACGCCUUCCAACGACAGAGCGGGGUUCAUAGAUAAGACUUCGGAGUUUAGUCCGAGUACCAGACCUCAUGAACAUAAACUCUCGACAUUUAAGGCGCGAUUCCUAAGAUAGUACUUUAAACCAAGACAAUUCUCCGCCAUGUCGACAUCUACAACAACAACGCAGCAAGAGCAGUCCGUUCGCGUGACCAACGAAGAUCAACUACCUCCGCUACCUCCAGCGGCAAACGAUGCAUCGUUCCAGGGUCUGGCUCGUGGAGGCCGAAACGGCACUCUGAAACUCCGUGGCAUUCCCACAUUCUCAGACCUGACUGAAAAACGGAAGUGGAUGAAGGAGCACAUGGCUGCUGCAUUCCGGUACUUUGGCAAGCUAGGGUAUGGGGAGGGUGUCUCCGGGCACAUUUCGAUGCGAGACCCGAUCCUUAAGGACCAUUUCUGGAUGAACCCGUUCGCCAGGCAUUUCUCGACUAUCAAGGCUUCGGAUCUCGUUCUUCUGGAUGCUGAUGGGUUCGUCGUCGACGGCGGAGCUCAGCUGCCUGUUAAUGAAGCUGGGUUCCUGAUUCAUUCUGAGAUCCACAAAGCACGCCCGGAUGUUGUGGCUGCGGCGCACACACAUGGUAUUCAUGGAAAGACGUGGAGUUCAUUUGGAAAGCCAAUUGAGAUGCUUACACAAGACGCAUGCAACUUCUUUGGCAGAGUUGGUGUUUACGAAGACCAUGGCGGCAUUGUUCUGUCGGCAGAGGAAGGAAAGGCGAUUGCAAGGGCAUUGGGCAAUCAAAACAUUGCAUGUAUCUUGCAAAACCAUGGCCUCCUAACUGUCGGUCGGACUGUUGAUGAAGCAGCGAUCCUCUACUCUAUGCUGGAGAAUGCUUGCCAGUCACAGCUUCUUGCUGAAGCAGCAGCAGCCAAUGGUCUUCCAAAGAAGAUUAUCAAGGAUGAUGCGGCCAAGUUCACUGCCGAUGCUGCCCAGAAUCCUCAUAACUUCUAUACUGAGUUCCAGCCUGAGUUUGAUUUGCUCGUUGAAGAGACAAACGGAAGAUUUCUUCUGUAAAGUGUGAACAAUAUAUAUGACAGUUUCUGAUUCGGUUCAAAGCUUUUCUGAAUGUGUAGCAUAUGCAUUCUCCAUGGUAUAAGACAAUAAUAAGCACUCAAACUGGAGGAUAGUAUUCAAAACCACGUUCCACUCUACGAGACAGUCGCGAAGGAGACGAUUUCAAAGGGCAGUAUUGUAACAUAGGAAGUCGAAAGAGCAAAUCAUCAAC